CUGUAUAUGGCUUCGGUUCUUCAGUUCAGAACGUGAUAGCGUUUACUGCUAAAGACGAAGAGGCAGAAAACCUCAACCUCCCCGAGCUCCCAACAUUUCGAUGUCUCACAGCUUGCAGUGCUCAUUCUCUGCAAGCUCUUUUAGCUCUUCGAGGAAGAUCAAGAGAACCACUCCUCACUGUCUUCAAAUUCAAUGCUCUUCUGCGCAUUCCAAUUUCAAAGAUGAAGAUGAAGUUGAUAGUGGGAGAGUCCAAGACUUAUCCUCACAGUCACAGGCGGUAUGGAUUGAGAAAUAUAGCAAUGGUACUACUAAGAGAUACGAAGUGGAUGAUCAAUCGCAGUUGCUAGCUAUUACUGUUGAGGAAGAUAGGCCUACAACAAACAGUUUUCCGGAUUUCAAUUCCCAGGACAAAACACUAAACUGGCUUCCACGUACAAUCAAAGACUUCAUUUUACCCGAAGGCUUCCCAGGAUCGGUUUCAGAUGAUUACUUGUGCUACAUGUUGUUACAGUUCCCUACCAAUGUAACUGGAUGGAUAUGUCAUGCCUUGGUCACUUCGAGUCUCUUAAAGGCAGUUGGUGUUGGCUCCUUCUCAGGAAGCACUGCUGUUGCUUCUGCUGCCGCCAUUAGAUGGUUAUCAAAGGAUGGCAUUGGAGCCGUUGGACGACUACUUAUCGGUGGGAGGUUCGGAAAUCUUUUUGAUGAUGAUCCAAAGCAAUGGAGAAUGUAUGCAGACUUGAUUGGCAGUGCAGGAAGUAUUUUUGAUUUGACAACUCAACUAUAUCCUGCCUAUUUCCUUCCUUUAGCAUCUGCAGGAAAUCUUACUAAGGCUGUUGCAAGAGGGCUAAAAGAUCCUUCCUUUCGUGUGAUUCAAAACCAUUUUGCCAUUUCAGGAAAUCUAGGAGAGGUAGCAGCAAAGGAAGAAGUUUGGGAAGUGGUUGCUCAGCUGACUGGCCUUGGUUUGGGAAUAUUGAUAUUGGAUACACCUGACCUAGUAAAAUCAUAUUCUACAAUAUCUUUGACUUGGAUGUCUAUACGGCUUUUGCAUCUUUGGUUACGUUAUGAAUCCCUUUCUGUCCUCCAAUUUAACACAAUAAAUCUUAAGCGUGCUCGCAUACUGGUAAAAUCACAUGUUUCGCACUCUACUGUUCCAGGAUGUGUGAAUUGCAACAGGGAAGAAAACAUUUUAACGUGGCAGAACUUCAUGAAGCCAAAAAUUAUUUUUGGCUUGCCAUUGGAGAAAAUGGAUGGUGUGGAGAGAUCUCAUUCCAUGAUAAAGACACUUGUGAAAUUAUACGCGAAUGAGAGAUAUAUCCUCACAGUGAACCAGCAGCAUAAAGAUCUGAGGUUUUAUGUUUCUUUUAAGGUUGGAGCUACAAGUGUCUCAGUAUUGCGAAGCCUUUGGCAGGCUAUCUGGCUAAGUGAGAAUUGGGAUGGCAAGGGCAAUGUUUGUCAUCAACUUGCUAGUAGCCUGAUGGAGUUGAAAGAUAAGUUUGAGGAUUUUAUUCAGAAGUUGGAUGAGGCUGGAUGGGAUACACAGAAAUUUAAUUUGAAGGUUCCCAGAAGAAUCUCCAUUGAUGAUAUUGACCCUCUUUAGCUCCUGAAAGCUGAGACUGUUUCAUCACUGAUAUGAUCUUGAGAACUGAGGCCCAAAACUUGGAUCAGCCAAAUGAGACCAUGCUUGCCGAAGAGUUGCAACCACCAAGAGCAAGCAAUUAUCUAUUUUCACACACCCAUGGACUCGCUGGAUGUCAUAUACUUAGCGGGGAAAUUUUAGGUUUAUAGAACAAAUCAAUCACAGAUCAUAAAUAUACAUAUAAGCAUAUCUCAUAUUGAACUAGUGUUUAACUUGUAUGUCUAUUUAUCAUUGACUCGUCAAGUUUUGUUUAAGGCCAGAUCAUCAAAUUUUCUUUUUAAUAGAUUCAGCUUGCAAACUACGAAACAGUUUGAACUGAUGAUAUCUUUAUCUCACUUGUACAUCCGUCACAAUACUGCAUAUAUUGUUUCACUUA